CGUUAAAGCACUCCAUACUCACCCACCCAUCUCUUCUGUAAACAUGUUUGGUUUUCUCUGUUGAAAUUGAUUUUAUCAUCUGUAAUCGAUUCUAUCUGAAGCCAAGGUAAUAAGUACCUAUCACGUUCAGCGGAAAAUCAAUUCACCAUUUGUUUUCGGUGUGAUGGGAAGUGAGGAUGGAAGAGAUCCAUUCAAAGGUGUUGAUUGGAAAGCUGUUGGUGGUGAGAUGCAGCAAAAUCCUAAUGUUCAACCAACUAUCGCGAAACGACUCCCCAAGAAAAUUAGACUAGUACCAGAAUUCUAUUUCCUUCCUAAAUGGCCACUACCCUCCGCCUUGUUGUUCUGUAGUGCCUGUAUUGCCGGUGGAGUUGGUGCCGGUAUGCUAGUAGAAGCAUGGAUUGACAAGAAAGUUAAAGAUGAUGGUGGGGUUAUAUGGGAGUUUGAAAAAUAAACUCUGCAUUUUUUGGUACAUCCAAUGUCACAUGACUGUCUCUCCAGCACUACACUCAAAUAUUCAAAUAUUGAGCUCUUGUCAAAUUUAUCUAUAGUUAUUAGUUUAACAAAUCAUAUGUGAUUCAAUAGUUUUUUUUUGGGUUCUUUCUUAGACUGUUGAUCGACGAGUAGUUAUCAAUUGGCAUGUCUCCCUAUUUAAAUUUGUGAUAGAAUUAUUUUGAGCAUGACCUCGGUUUAAAUUUAUUCCUAUUUUUUUCUUUGCCA